AUGGUUGGGUCCUCCGCGCGCAGCGCCCGCCUGCCUCGCAGCCGCCUCGGCGACCCCGCUCUCAAAUACCCUGGAGAGCCGGGGAAGAAGCUCGAGGGCACCGUGAACGCGCAGCUGCAGCCUCGCCGCCCCUGCACGCUGGCGCGCCCGCUUUUCGCGGCGCCUGGAUGCGCUAGUCUUUGGUGGGCAGGGUGCAGGGGCACCGCCGAGUUGGGUGUCGCGCAGGCAGUGAGGAGGGAGGAGGAGCGGCGGAGCAAGAAGUUCGCACUUAGUCCCGUCAAGACAAGCCGCAACAAAAUCCGCCUCGGUGCGUCGCUCUCGUGCCUCCGCAAGCCGCCAAUCGUGCCGGCUGGUCUCGCGCCCACUCCCGCCAAGGCUGCUUUCGUCGGCGCCGCCCUGGAGGCUGGAUGCCGCGCCGAGCUUGCUGGCGGUGGCCGCACCAACGCUGCCGCACCCCGGGCGAAGGUGGCUGAGAUCCAGAGCAAGUCAAGAGCCGCCUCGUCGCACCGUUGUGUUUGGAUGGUGCAUCAUGCCACCUUGCGGGGAUGGAGUUUCGAAGGCUCGUGGAUUGACUUGAAUGCGGUCCCUCCGGGUCUGGCCGCGGCCUCCCCGCAUACUCAGGCUGCCGGCGCGUCAUUCUGCAUGACCCUUAAUGGACACCGACGGGGAUCCUCCACCACUGGACUCGCCACGACCCCCGUUGGCUUUACUUCUGCCGAGGCGGCGACUCCGAUAGCUCGUUCUGCGACACUGCAAUAUCACCUGAAGGCGACCCUUGGUCCACAUUGCUAUCCUCCGCCGCAUACUCGGACCUUCGGAAUUCAUACAAAUGACCCCUUCUACUCGCAUCUCCCAGUGCGGAUGCACCGACUGAAUGUCCACCUUCGCCCUCUUCACCAACCCUUCCACUCGAUCCCUUACCGGACGACUCCUCGCAACGAUCGUCAGAGAUCCUCUCCGCCGCCAGACGGCGACGAUCUCCAGUUCCUCGACCUCCAGCUGGGCCCGGCGUCAACCAACCUCGAAGUUGACGAGUUCCUCCAGCUGCGCGCCGUCCGCCGCCGUGCGCUGCCUGCUGAACGCGCCGCCCGGAGCGCAGAAGCCAAGCUGGCUGAGCUCACGAUCCUUCGGCGGCGGCGCGAGCGUAUGCGCAAGCACGACUUGCCCACCGCGACGGCUAUGCGCGCGGCCGAGUUCAAGCAUCAUCCAGCGCCUGAGGCUGCCGGCGCGCAGUGCAGUGUGAAUGGGGAGGGGGAGGACAUGAGCAUGCUGGAUAGUCCAGCGAUGGAUGUCGAUGUCCCAUCAUCUGCGGUCGGCUCUCCCGCUGCAUCCUCACGGCGGUAUACUCCACCUCCAACGCCAAGUGCCAUUAGGACGAGCAAGCGGAAGAGGGCGCUGCGCCUAAGAGUUUGCUCUAUCAUUCAUAACUGGUGUUACGUUCAGCGGAUGAUCGAUACGACCCGUACCCGACUACCAACAAGCGACGUGCGGUCUCCAUCCAUCAGCUUCGCUCGGGACAACCAGCCAUCCUCGUUCACCCCGGUACUCCUCGGCGCCGAGCAGCAAUGGGAUACAUUCAACAUCUCACAGUGCAAGGUUGUGCCAGCGUCUCGUUGCUCGUCCUCUGUCGUCGAUGUAAACGCGUCGCACCCGAGCAGCUUGCUCGCGCCUUGCACCCGCUGUUUGCAGGAGAGGUGCAGCAAUCUCCCCGCUUCACGCAACGGAUCGCUUCGAAGCAUGCUUUCACGAUGCACGUCAUGGAAAAUACUCUUCCAGCUGACGCCGGUGCCCACACCCAUUGUCAGUCUCGCGAUUCUGUCCGCCGUCCUCGGCUACGCGAUCAAGGGCUCCUCCACCCCUCAUCACAGUCGUAUCCUCGCAGCCUCAACAGGCGACGCCCACAUUCGCCUUCCCGCCGGUCAGCGUGUCCAUCAACCAUUCAACCCCGCAACUGAGUCUGAACCCGGCGGCAUCGGGACUCGUUCGGUCGUCUCUGAAGGAUUUCGCCGUGGCCGUGCUCCCUGCGCCACUUGUUGCUUCCACCUCGAGCAGUCAGCCGGCGGCCACGCCAUCUUCCCACCAGGCGGACCCCGUCACCUCCGUAGAUGCGCCGUCCGAAUGCGCCUGCGGCUGCGAAUUGAUCACCUGGCCAGGCAAGUCCAAGGGUACCGCGGACUUGAUGCUCCGUUCGGCGCCCGCGACUCUGGCGAUGGUCUCCUCGCAUGCGCGUUACGCUGCGGACGGCGGGAAGGGCAAGGCUGCUGCGUGCGGAGGCGGCACGAUGUUUGCGCUGAGCGCCUGAUGCGGCGCGGGCUCGCUCGCGGAGAUUCUCGGCCUCGGAUACACCGCCGUGGCGCGUGCGGUCGCGCAAGACGUGCUCGUGCGCGGGCGAUGGAACUGAGGCAGAUGGGUGGAUGGUCGUUCGAGUUGGUGCAGGAGAAGGUGAGGGCGAGGGUGAACAGGGCGAGGGAGACUGCGCGGGCGUCGAAGGACGAGAUAUUAACGAUGCCAGAUGCGUGGCCGGCCCGCGGGAGGCAGAUGGUAGAAUCCAUGGCGGCGCGUAGGCUCGCGCAGGGCAGGGUGGCUAUACGCACACAGGAGGGCGGUUCGGGGGCCGGGGCGCUGGACAAGAGUGCGAAACAUGCGACGCUGCGUGAGGUCGGAGAGGCGGCAGUCGGCGGGUUUGGCGGUGCAGGAUGCGUUAGCGAGGUGAACGAGAGGCGGGCGGGCGCCGGCGCGGCGGGUCCCGCACAAGGCCAAGUGCGCAUGCUCAGAGCGAGUGAAGUAGAGCGGGUGCGGUGUGCGAGAGGGCACGCAUGGAGAAGACGAGACCGGGCGGGCGUGCAGAUGCAGAAUUUCGGCUGUGCGCAGAGGAAAGGGAGAAUGGGCAGUGGUAGACAGAAUGGGCGCUGCCGGGUGCACGGCAUGUUUCGGUGA